GAAAGACAAGCCUGAGUCUCUCAUGAAAGUCGCACACCAAGCCUCACAUAGCCAUUUGACAGUGCUGAACGGUCGACCUCAGGAUGAAGAUGAUGAUCGUCUACCUCUGCCUGAUCUCAGGUGUCAAUGUUGUUACGGCAGUAAUCCAGGUGACUGGGUAUAUAGGUGAAUCAGCAGUGAUCAGAUGCCCAUAUGAUAAAGAAUAUGUGGGAUACUCCAAGUACCUCUGCAGAGGGUCAUGUCCUCGCAUUGGAGGUAAAGACAUUCCAAUCAGGACUGAAGCAGGUCAGACCAAAGCAAUGACUGGCAUAUUCUAUCUGCAUGAUGAUCCCACUGCUGGAGUCUUCACUGUGACCAUCACUGGACUGACUGCAGAGGAUUCUGGGCAGUACUGGUGUGGAGUUAAAACAGGAUUUGGAAAAUCUGAUGUAUACACUGAGUUGAAGUUGGACGUUUUGCCAGCAAGAGUGGUGCCCAAAACGACUAAAGUUGUAUCAAUACCUGAGGUGACUGUAUCAAUCACAACACCUGAGGUGACUGAUGUAUCAAGCACAACAACACUCAUGACAACUGAUUACUUUGCCUGUGAAGACUGUAAGAUGAACACGGUCAUCAAAAGUCAACAACCAGCUGUAGGCUUUAAUGUGGUUGUGGGUAGCGGUGUUGCUGGACUAGCAGUUCUGCUGAUCAUCGCUGUGGUUUUGGGGUGUCGUGUAGCAAAGAGGAAUAAGAGUUUGGAAACGCCUGAUGACACACCUUUAAGCCAAAGUGCCCCUACUACUGCAAACAUUUACACAGACACAGAAACUACUAGAGAGGGAAACACGUCUCGUGAGAUUGACUCUGUGUACGAGUGCCUGGAGCUGAAGGAGUGUGGUUCUGAUGCAGAGUAUGAGGGAUUGGGAGCGCUGUCCAGUGGGAAGUCCCCGUUACCACGAGUCAUCGGGUAUCCUGGGAAGGGGAAGGAAAAAGACACCCUUGGCAAGGCUAAGAAAGGUUCGGAAAAUGCAUAUGGAUAUUUGAGGGACACACAAAGUAUUAGCAAGGGUAAGAAAGGUGGAGAAAAUGAAUAUGAAUCUAUGAGGAACACCCUUAGCAUUAGCAAGGCUAAGAAAGGUGCAGAAAAUGAAUAUGAAUCUAUGAGGGACACCCUUAGCAUUAGCAAGGCUAGCAAAGGUGCAGAAAAUGAAUAUGAAUCUAUGAGGGACACCCUUAGCAUUAGCAAGGCUAGCAGAGGUGCAGAAAAUGAAUAUGAAUCUAUGAGGGACACACUUAGCAUUAGCAAGGCUAACAAAGGUGCCGAGAAUGAAUAUGAAUCUAUGGGAGGCAUGCAUAGUAUUGCUAGUAAAGGUGCUAAAAAUGAUCACAACCCCGAGAAGGCUGCUCUUAGCAAGGCGAGGAAAGGUGUAGAAAAUGAGUACAUGUCCAUGAAGGCCACUCUUCCUCGAGCUGUGCAGAGCAACGAUACAGUGCAGGAGUUCAUGAGGGACACUCUGAACAGGGUACGGAAAUAGUGCUGAAACGAUUAGGAGUGUAUGAUGUACACCCUCAGGAAGGCUAGGGAUGAGUGCAUGGAUGAAUGAAUUUAUGAAUGUAGGGAGCAUGUUACCCAAAAUGUAAAUUAGAGUGAAUGAGUGAGUGAAUGAAUGAAUGAAUUUUCCCCAGGAGAUGAGGAGUUGGAGAUGGGAGUUUAAGCUACAGUCUACUAUCCGUCUGUCCGUCGAUCUAUCUAUCUAUCUAUGUAUCUAUGUAUCUAUCUAUAUCUUUCCAUUCAUCUAUAUUUAUAGACAUCCCUGAUCGUAUGGCCAUCUCUCUUGGUUGAGAUUAAUUUGGGAUUUUGCAUUUUGAUGGUGAUGAAUGUUAAUAUGAACAGAACUUUUUUUUAUUUUUGCUGAUAUCUUUUCCUGACUUUUUGAUUGAUUGCAUUUGUAUCAUAUUUGUAUGUUUAAUAUGUACAGUGUACCUUAUAUAUUUGCAUGUUACAUUUGGUAGCUUUUUAGAAAUGUAUUUUAUUAAUGAUAAUACUAAUGCUUUAUCUUGAUAUCCUGUACUAAUGUCAAUUCAAUUUUGAACAACAAUGAAUUACUGUAAGAUGUUUUUGAUGGUACUGUAUGUUUGCACUAUUUUUUUACUUUCAUGAGGUCUCUUGAAUUCUAAUUUGGAAAUGAGAAUGAUGCUCUACAAAAGUAUUAAAUCAGGGAUAUGUUGACUUUUUCAACCCUGUUAUUCUAGUUUUUAAUGUUUUAUUAAUUUUUCAGAACUGUUGUCUUUU